GUUCCCGGGGACCCUCCCCAGGGCUUGGGGACGAGGUUGGGAGGCUCCCGCCGGGGCUUUCACAGACCGCCUCCUUGUGGGCGUGACGGUCGACUCCCAACGUCAUUUUUAUUUAUUAGUUAAAAUAUUAUAUUCUUAAAAUAACAGAUAUUUGCCAUUUUACAAAAUGGACAGAACCGAAAGGUGGAGUGAAAAUUAAAGGGUCGCCUUCCCAGUGCCACUUCCAGGAGAUAAGUACUGGAAGCGAUAUGUCCAAGACAUUUUCUCCAAGUAUGCAAAUAGACGGAUGUAUGUAAUCGUUUUAUUCGUAACGAACACCCUGUCACUGCGGAGCGUUUGGCGUGUGGCAAGGUGACAAAGGAAAUGACAGGAGCUUUAUGGUUCCUUGGCGUCCGGGUUCUCCCUCCGUAGGCUCCUUGAGCGCUCUGCGGUGUGAGACGUGUGAGCGUCCGGUGGAAGGAGGGGACCGUGGGCCCCACCCCGGAGGAAGCGUUGGGAGGAGAAGAGGCACACGCAGAAGGCUGGAGGGGUGUAUUGACAGGAGCCCUGAAGGAUGCUCAGCUCAUUUGGAUUCUUAUCCAGCGAUGUCGGAGCUCAGUGAUGAAGCCAGUGAGCCGGAACUCCUGAACCGCAGCUUGUCCAUGUGGCACGGGCUGGGUGCGCAGGUCAGCCGGGAGGAGCUGGCUGUCCCCUUGGAUCUUCACACCGCUGCUUCCAUCGGCCAGUAUGAAGUGGUGAAGGAAUGUGUGCAGCGGUAAGGGAUCCUGGGAAGUGUUCCUUGUCCUCCAUUGAGUACCAGCUCAGUGGCUCCAGACGCCAUGGAGAAAGAUCGAGAGAGUUAGAUUUGAAUAAGAAGAACGGUGGUGGCUGGACCCCGCUGAUGUAUGCCUCCUACAUUGGACACGAUACCAUCGUGCACCUGCUGCUCGAGGCGGGGGUGAGUGUGAAUGUGCCGACCCCGGAAGGGCAGACUCCACUGAUGCUGGCUUCCAGCUGUGGCAACGAGAGCAUCGCCUACUUUCUCCUCCAGCAAGGUGCUGAGCUAGAAAUGAAGGACAUUCAGGGCUGGACUGCCCUCUUCCACUGCACCAGCGCUGGGCACCAACAGAUGGUCAAGUUCCUCUUGGACAGUGGAGCGAAUGCCAACGUGAGGGAGCCAAUAUAUGGAUUUACUCCUUUGAUGGAAGCAGCAGCCGCUGGCCAUGAGAUAAUCGUGCAGUAUUUUCUGAAUCAUGGAGUCCAGGUGGAUACGAGAGACCACAGUGGAGCCACAGCCCGGAUGCUGGCCAAGCAGUAUGGACACAUGAAGAUUGUGGGGUUGAUAGACGCUCACUCGCCUUCUCUGCCCAAGAGUCUCUAUCGGAGCCCAGAAAAGUACGAAGAUCUCAGUUCUUCGGACGAAUCCUUCCCUGUUCCUCAGCGACAGAGGCCCUGUCGGAAGAAGGGCCUGAGCAUCCACGAGGGGCCGCGAGCCCUGGCCAGGAUCACAGCUGUCGGCCUGGGGGGCACGGCCCGGCGGCCUGGCUACGGUGAUGGAUUUGAUGCUCAAACCCUCCUGAGGACUGUUGGGUGGAACGCUUGGUGGGCUAGCAUCCUAGACUCCGAGUGCCCAGAUCUGCUGAGUUUAUCCUCUAACUGUCGACUCCCGAGUGUCGAGUGCAGUGCUCUUGGGCAGUGCGGGGGGCGACGGUCCUGGGAGCAGGUGCCUCCCCGGGGCUAUGUCACCUUCAACAGCAGUGAAGAGAACCCCCUGGAAGAGGGGGGCCUUUGCUACAGGGAUGUCACCUCCCCCAUCAACGACCGGGACGUGGAGAGCAGCAGCAGCAGCAGCCGGGAAGAGCACGCCUUCUGUGCCCACCUCGGGGCCGUGCGCAGCAGCAGCAGCAGCGAGGGUCUGGCGAGGGCCCCGGGAGUGAGCAGCGAGGCCUCUCUGGAGAGCAACGAGGACUCGGACCACGUGCGGAAAAGCUCGGUUCGCAAGCAAACUAAAAGCUACGUGAAGGCCAAGAAUCGGCACAGCAACAGUGACAGCCAGUGGCAUCCCAGCCCCGCGGCUGCCUGUUCCCCAGGAUCUGUGCCCCAGGCGGAGCAGCCCCCCUACUCAGGACCCCAGGACCUCGCCACGCUGCUGGAGCAGAUCGGGUGUCUGAAGUAUCUGCAGGUGUUCGAGGAGCAGGACGUGGACCUCCGCAUCUUUCUCACCCUCACCGAGAGCGACCUGAAGGAAAUCGGCAUCACGUUGUUUGGGCCCAAGAGGAAGAUGACCUCUGCCAUUGCCCGCUGGCACAGCAGUGCCCGCCCCCCUAGUGACGCCCUGGAGCUGGCCUAUGCUGACCGGCUUGAAGCCGAGAUGCAAGAGCUCGCCAUCCAGCUGCACAAACGCUGUGAGGAGGUGGAGGCCAUGCGGGGCCAGGUGUCGCAGGAGCAGGAGCUGCGGGCCGUGGUGGAGAGCUGCCUCCUGGAGCAGGACAGCACCCGCAAGGACGUCCACGCCCAGCUGCAGGAGACCUGGGCCCUCGCCCACAAUGCUGCCCUCGUACUGGACCAGCUGCGAGCCUGUCAAGCUGAACUGUCAGCCCGAGUGAGGCAGGAUGAGUCCCCCCGCAGGGCGACCCUGGGCCCAGCCCUCCCCACAGCGGACUCCAAAGGCUGGCAGGCUGCCCUGCAGGCCCUGAGCCUCCCUGAGCUGUCCGGAGCAUUGGAGGAUCGAGUCUGUGAGAUGGGGCGAGUGCUGUGCUCCGUGACCCAGAGCCUGGAGAAGCUACAAGUGCUGAACGGGAAAGAGAACUGGCGGGAGCCGUAGCCGCAGGGACGUCUUCCUUUCUCUCCUCAGAACCUGACGUCGGGUGAUUGAUCCACCCUGAACCUGUGCACCCGGAAGACAGAGGGCCUGAGCGGGCGGCUGCAGCAGCCCAGGCCCCAGCUGGGGCCCGAGAAGCAGGCCCGGGAGCAGCCAGCAGAGAGGCAGGUUGGGGCUGUAGUCGGCACCAGGCAGUGAGGCCCCACGGAGGCAGGCUGAGGGUCUCGUGCUCAGCACCUGGUGGUAAGGCCCAGAGCAGGCAUGGCCUUGAGAGAGAGCGUGUCCCCGACACCGCAGGUGCCACACUGAGGUUUGCCCUGAGGGGUGAGGACUGGGGCAUCUGGGCAGCUUAUGUCAUUUGCUGGAGAAUAAAAUUUGAGAUCAGCUGUU